UGGAUUCAAUGGAACCAUUUCACCAGAAUUUUUCCUUGGAAAAUAAGUCCAUACAAUAUCCGUUCGCUGAACAUGAAAGAGUGCCAUUCUGGCUCGCCGCUAUAAUCGUUUUUGUUAUUCCAGUUAUCAUAAUAGCGGCCAUCUCUUUAAUAAAAUACAGAAGUUUACAUGAUCUUCAUCAUGCUUUGUUAGGCUUUAUGUUAAGUAUCACAUUAACACUAGCGGUGACCGAUUUCUUUAAGACUUUUGCCGGACGUCCUCGACCAGAUUUUAUUAACAGGUGUGAUCCGUUACCUGGAUCUGUCGAUGCUAAACCUUGGGGACUUAGCAAUUCGAGUAUCUGCCAACAAACAAAUGAUGCUAUAAUGAAAGAUGGUUACAAAAGUUUUAUAUCUGGUCAUUCUUCAGCUUCAUUUUCCGGAUUAGGAUAUUUAACAUUCUAUUUUGCCGGUAAAUUGAAUAUAUUCGAUAAAAAAGGGCAUGUAUAUAAAACUAUUGUGCUGCUUUGUCCGAUAACCGUUGCGGCAUACAUUGCAGUCUCACGAACUGAAGAUUAUCGUCACCAUUGGCAAGAUGUUGUGACCGGUGGAUUGAUUGGGUUUAUUUUUUCAUUUUUUACCUAUCAUCAAUAUUAUCCUCCUUUGUAUUCACCCAUAUCACAUAGACCUUUAUCAGUCCGACUAAAGCCUCAUUCUCCACAACAUCGAGCAGAGUUUACUUUUGAUGACGGAUCAACUUUCGAGAUCAAUGUUAUUCGAAAUGAUGGUACUUCUGUUUUAAGAAACACAAAAACAUUAUUAGGUUCUACUAAGGAUGAUGAUUAUCCUCAAGAAGGAUCUCAUCAAAUUGUAUAA